GGCUGGGCUCUAUUGGGGGCCGCUGAGCGCAGCUCCAGGACUGGGGCUCUGUGCGGGAGCCUAAGGGGGGCGUCUGGACGGCGGAGACUAGAGACUCCCGGGUCCGAGGCGGGAGGGGUGGGGGCCGAGAUCCCGCAGCCCCCCGCCCCCCGUCACCCCCGGAGAGGAGCGGAGAUCUGCUUUCUUGGUUUUGCUUCUCUUUACCCCCACCCCCACCCCCACCCCGGGGGCUGGGGCGAGGGGAGUCGGGUUACAGGGUGUUUGGGGAGGGGGGCUUAGGGGGAGGGGCUAUCUUUCUAUCUCGCUUUCUUCCCCCCUCCCCAGUUCUUUGUUCCCCCCUCCCCACACACCCCCUCCUCUCCUCUCCCCUCCCCUCCUCUCUCCUCUUUUCCCUUCCACCACCUCUCUCUCCCUCUCUCUCUCUCUCUCCCCCAGCUUUUGUUUCGCCAUGCCUAGUCUAGUGGUAUCUGGAAUAAUGGAAAGAAAUGGGGGCUUUGGAGAACUAGGAUGUUUCGGGGGAAGCGCUAAGGACCGAGGGCUGCUGGAAGACGAGCGCGCCCUUCAGCUGGCUCUUGAUCAACUCUGCCUCCUGGGUUUGGGGGAGCCCCCCGCCCCCACGGCGGGCGAGGACGGGGGAGGUGGGGGGGGCGGCGCCCCCGCGCAGCCGGCCGCCCCCCCGCAACCGGCCCCGCCGCCGCCGCCCGCUGCGCCCCCGGCCGCCCCGACAGCGGCCCCCGCGGCGCAGACGCCCCAGCCCCCCACCGCCCCCAAAGGGGCGAGCGACGCCAAGCUAUGCGCUCUCUACAAAGAGGCCGAGCUGCGCCUGAAGGGCAGCAGCAACACCACGGAGUGUGUACCGGUGCCCACCUCUGAGCACGUGGCCGAGAUCGUGGGCAGACAAGGCUGCAAGAUUAAGGCUCUGAGGGCCAAGACCAACACCUACAUCAAGACACCGGUUCGAGGCGAGGAGCCGGUGUUUAUGGUGACAGGGCGGCGAGAGGAUGUGGCCACAGCCCGGCGGGAAAUCAUCUCGGCAGCUGAGCACUUCUCUAUGAUCCGCGCCUCCCGAAACAAGUCAGGCGCAGCCUUUGGUGUGGCCCCUGCUCUGCCUGGCCAGGUGACCAUCCGUGUGCGAGUGCCCUACCGGGUAGUGGGACUGGUGGUGGGCCCCAAGGGGGCAACCAUCAAGCGCAUCCAGCAACAGACCAACACGUACAUUAUCACGCCAAGCCGUGACCGUGACCCAGUGUUCGAGAUCACUGGUGCCCCGGGCAAUGUGGAGCGUGCGCGGGAAGAGAUCGAGACGCACAUCGCAGUGCGCACUGGCAAGAUCCUUGAGUACAACAAUGAAAACGACUUCCUGGCGGGGAGCCCCGACGCCGCACUUGAUAGCCGCUACUCAGACGCCUGGCGGGUACACCCGCCAGGCUGCAAGCCACUCUCCACCUUCAGGCAGAACAGUCUGGGCUGCAUCGGCGAGUGUGGAGUGGACUCUGGCUUUGAGGCCCAGCGCCUGGGCGAGCAAGGCGGGGAUUUUGGCUACGGCGGGUACUUGUUUCCGGGCUAUGGCGUGGGCAAGCAGGACGUGUACUACGGCGUGGCCGAGACUAGCCCCCCGCUGUGGGCGGGCCAGGAGAAUGCCACGCCCACCUCGGUGCUCUUCUCCUCCGCCUCCUCAUCCUCCUCCUCUUCCGCCAAGGCCCGGGCUGGGCCUCCCGGCGCACAUCGCUCUCCUGCCCCCUCUGCAGGACCCGAGCUGGCCGGACUUCCCAGGCGCCCGCCGGGAGAACCGCUCCAAGGCUUCUCUAAACUUGGGGGAGGCGGCCUACGGAGCCCGGGUGGUGGGCGAGAUUGCAUGGUAUGCUUUGAGAGCGAAGUGACUGCCGCCCUUGUGCCCUGCGGACACAACCUGUUCUGCAUGGAGUGUGCAGUACGCAUCUGCGAGAGGACGGAUCCGGAGUGUCCCGUCUGCCACAUCACAGCCACGCAAGCCAUCCGAAUAUUCUCUUAAGCCCUCUGCCCCAUGUGUCCUAGGCCCACUCCCCAGGGGCCGGCCCUGGACCUGUUUUCCAGUAGGGCCUUUUGGAAAUUAAUGAAUUUUGCGGGGCAAGGUGCUUACAGAUA